CUGUCGGCGUACUUGUUGAUAUCCGGGCGCAAACAGCGCGGUGAGACAUGCGGAGCGGGAAGCCGGCGGGUUGGCGGUUCGGGUCGUGCUGAGGAUCUGUCUCUGCCAUGUCGGAGACAGAGGAGGGGGAGAUGGGUUAAACCCCGGCAAUUGUAAACCAAUAUCGACGCCUUCUGUUUUUUGUUUCUUUUUUCUUUAACGCCUCUGCUUCAUCUUCGUUUAUGGCUGCGGAUUGAUUGAUCACAGAGCUGAGACCACAAUGAAAGAAAAGAAUAUCAACAGUAGUCCGUAGUCCUGGACGUUUGCAUGCUUCCUCAACUCAAAGUCAUCAUGGAAAAAUCCUUGGAUCUAAACAAAGCUGGCUCUCGGUCGACAUCAUCCCUGCCACCUGAGCCAGUGGACAUCAUCCGCAGCAAGUCGUGUUACCGCCGAGUCCGGCUGAAUGUUGGGGGUCUCCCUCACGAGGUCCUGUGGCGAACGUUGGACCGGCUGCCUCGGACUCGUUUAGGGAAACUGAGAGACUGUAACUCCCAUGAUUCUCUGAUGGAGGUGUGCGAUGACUACAACCUGGAGGAGAACGAAUACUUUUUUGACCGACACCCAGGGGCUUUCACGUCCAUCCUGAACUUCUACCGCACGGGCAAGCUGCACAUGAUGGAGGAGAUGUGUGCCCUGUCCUUCAGCCAAGAGCUCGAUUACUGGGGCAUUGAUGAGAUCUACCUGGAGUCCUGCUGCCAGGCGAGGUACCACCAGAAGAAAGAGCAGAUGAACGAAGAGCUGAAGAGAGAGGCUGACAAUUUAAAAGACAGAGAGGGAGAGGAAUUUGACAACACCUGCUGUGCAGAAAAACGGAAGAAGCUGUGGGAUCUGCUGGAAAAGCCGAGCUCAUCUGUUGCAGCAAAGAUCUUGGCCAUCAUCUCCAUUCUCUUCAUUGUGCUAUCCACCAUUGCUCUGUCUCUGAACACCCUUCCAGAGCUUCAGGGCACAGAUGAGUUCGGCCAGUCCACAGACAACCCACAGCUAGCACAUGUGGAAGCUGUUUGUAUUGCUUGGUUUACCAUGGAAUACCUACUUCGCUUUCUCUCGUCUCCCAAUAAAUGGAAGUUCUUCAAGGGUCCUCUCAAUGUCAUUGACCUGCUGGCAAUUCUACCCUACUAUGUCACCAUCUUCCUGACAGAGUCCAACAAGAGUGUGCUGCAGUUUCAGAAUGUCCGCCGUGUGGUUCAGAUCUUCAGGAUUAUGCGUAUCCUUCGUAUCCUAAAGUUGGCUCGCCACUCUACAGGACUUCAGUCUCUGGGCUUCACACUCAGGAGAAGUUACAAUGAGCUGGGCCUGCUUAUUCUGUUCCUCGCCAUGGGUAUCAUGAUCUUCUCUAGUCUUGUAUUUUUUGCCGAGAAAGAUGAAGAGGAUACAAAGUUCAAAAGCAUUCCGGCUUCUUUCUGGUGGGCCACCAUCACCAUGACCACAGUAGGGUAUGGAGACAUCUAUCCCAAAACUUUGUUGGGAAAGAUUGUGGGGGGAUUGUGCUGUAUUGCUGGAGUGCUUGUAAUUGCGCUACCUAUUCCCAUUAUUGUGAAUAACUUCUCCGAGUUCUAUAAGGAGCAGAAAAGGCAAGAAAAAGCCCUUAAAAGAAGGGAGGCUCUUGAGAGGGCAAAACGAAAUGGUAGCAUUGUUUCUAUGAACUUAAAGGAAGCUUUUGCUCGUAGUGCAGAGCUCAUGGAUGUAGUAGUAGAAAAGAGUGAGAGACCUCAUGACAACCACCUGUCCCCAAGUCACUGGAAAUGGGCGUCCAAAAGAGCUGCAUCAGAGACAAGUUCAAACCGUUCCUUCAAUGCCCAAGAAAUAGGCUCUCCCUGCAAAGCUCGAGACACCAGUCCCCAAAGAUUGAAUGUUGAGAAAUUAGAAGAGAUGUAUAGCCAGAUGGCAAAGACACAGUCACAACCUAACCUCAAUGCAAAAGACAGAGGGUGCAGAGUUAGCAAACAGAGAGAUGAGAUAGAGCUUGGAGCCAUUCAUGACCAUGGGCCAUCAGUGCUCGGAGAUGGAGUGGGGGACAUGAAAAGCUUGUCUAGUAUAGAUAGCUACAUCAGUUGUGCUACAGACUUCCAAGAGAAUCCACGCUAUUCCCACAGUCCAGCAGCAGACAUUGGUCUUAAAGAAAGCAGCCGGUUUACUUUUGGUCCAGUUACAGUUUUGUCUCAACACAUUAGUAAAAAAAUGGGUCAUCAAAUCAUAGGGCAGCAUGAGUCUGUGCUGAGUCCAGGAUCAAAAUCCUCAGGCCCAGAGAACACAAGAAGAUUCUUGUUUUCAGGAAACUCCUCAAAAAGCCUUAAAGGAGGCUGCCGUAGCGACGGGGAUUCGGGGCCAUCCCCACUUUCAGACAGCUCAGUUGUCUCAGACCAGUCUCUUUUGAGUCCUGAAGCAUCUGUGUACACCACUGCCAGCAGCAGGACCCCUCCAAAGUCACCAGACAGCACUGCCAUGGCCCCUACAGUUUUCACUUUCCAUGACUCCUCAAUCAGCAAAUACAUCGAUGCUGAUACGGAUGACGAUGAGCACCUCCGGGACAUUACUGAGGCCAGUCCCUCAGACCAUCUACUGGCUGGUGGCAGCCCAAAACGCAGUAUUAACAUACAUUACCAGAGAGGGACUAACCAUUUAGAAACAGCGCAAAAGAUGCUGGGUCAGAACUGUUACUUUCCUCUUGAAGGUAUUCGUGGGAAAGCUCAUGAAAAUCAUAUAGGACCUGACCCAGCACGUAAACCAAAGGCUGAGAGGGGACGACAAAAUACUUUGGACAAAGGCCUUUGAAGUAUAGGUUAUCAGAGACACAUGGAACGCAGGUGGACAUAUAGUCAUUGACAAAUACACCUGGCAAACAGAGUUACUCAAUAAGCUAGAGACAACGAAAGGUAUAGAGAAAAAGGCUCUCAUAUUUCACAAAUAACCUGAGCAUGCCUCUAGGGCAACAAGCUAUGUCAAUACAUGUUGGGAAUAUUUUGGAAGAAAAAUACCUUAAGUUGGAGAAUGUCACUGCCCCUCCUUUGAGUUCAUUCCUGUGUGCUGUAUUUCACAUCAACAAAACUAAAGAACAUCCCCAAAUAGCCAGUGGGUUUGUUUAAAAAUGCAGAGUCAGCAGAGAGAUUGAGCUACGGAAAUAACUGGAAGUAACACAACAAAAUAAUGAUUUCAGCCAAAGGGUUCCAUAAAAAAAACAAAGUCCACAUUCUUGUAGUGACUCCCAUUUUUUUAUUAUUAUUAUUAUUGGAGACAUACCAGAGGACCUAGAAGCCUAUAAGCAACAUAUUGUGCCCUCCAUUCCCAAACCUGGCCUUAAUCCUUUACAUUUGCAAGUAUGUGCAUACGUGUGUGAGGUAAUUUGAAUAUGAAUGAGUGAAUUAUGAGAACCUGAUGUAAACAAAAUCUUAAAACAAUCUAACCUGAUUUAUUUUUUUAUAGAUAAGAGAAAGUCCCUUAUACAGAAGUGAUUUGGUUGUCUACAAUGUCAGAUUUUUAUGUAUGAGAUUUAAUGUCUUUGCUUAAGGUCUGUAGUUAUCACAGGAUCCCACUCAUUUUUUUAUUGCCUGGGCCUCAUGGCCUAUUUUUAGCAUCUGUCCUGCUAUCUUUUAGGUUUACAUGUUGUGUAUGGAAUGGAUGACUACAGAACAUCUGUCACUGGAUGUUUUUAUUUUAGCAUUGUAUGAAGUUUUAUGAGGGUAAAGAUGGACCUUAGCUGAAAUAUUGGUUAAAGAAAAAUGAGAAACAUCUCAAUUGCUGCAUAAAGAGAAAGCACAUGCACGCUCCCACAACAGCAACAUAAAAACAUGAAUUGGCAGUGAAAACAGUUAAAGAAAUGUUUAAAGUAGACUUAUCUUGUAAUGUUUUACAAUGUACUCACAUGAAGUUUACAUUUGAAUGACAGAUUCUCAGCGUGUGUCAGCUUUGAUUUGACUGACUUUAAGUUUUAAAUAGUUGAAUAGGACACAAGAACAAAAAAAAGGUUUUCCUUCUUGUUUCUAAACGUAAUUAACUCUAUAAGCACUCACUAUGUUCAAAUAUGAUUUUAUAUAUAGUUACCAGAUUUGAUCCUCACUCACAAAUGCACAUACCCUCACAUGCAAGCCUGCUGAAGAUAGCCACAUGCUACAUAGAUACUGAUAUUUUCCAUAGAGAUGUGAUUCAAUCAACAUUGCUUUCAAGAGGAAAGGAAAGGUUUCUUAAUUAGUGUUGGAGGUCUGCAUGUCACAGAUGCUUGUAGGCAUAUAUAAAAGCCCUCACUGAUUAAAGACAUGUCCAUAAUGUGGCAGGAGUCUAUGAUAGUUGCAUGCCAAAUUCACUCCUCACUGUGUUAUUUAUGAACAAUGUGUCAUUGCAAACUUAUGAUGUAAGAAUCUGUGAAGUUCAGCAAACGCUCCAUAUCCAACAUUUUGUAUUUUUAUAUCAUACCUCAUAUAACUAAAUUCACCGGCUUGUUUGCACUGCCCUGUACAGUGCUGUAAAAAGGUGACAGUCCCUCACACAUUUCUUCAGGGGUUUCUGUUGCUUUUUUGACAUGCUUAAGCAUGUUCAGAUUACAUAAUUUACACAUUAAGCAGUACACAGUAAGCCCAACAGAAUAAACCUUCAUAGAGGCAAAUAAGGUGAUCAACAAAGACAUGACCCAAAUUUUUUUAACAUGUAGUACGACUAACCAGUAGGAAUACAAAAAUAUGUGUUCAAGUCGUGAUUUUAUUUGUCAGACGUUUUUUUAUUUUUUUUUUAUUUAAUGUGUGAUUAACCACAUUAAUUUUGUUCAAGGGUGGAAAUUUGACCAGCCACCCUUAGGGUUGACUAUAUAAGGGGAAUUUAAACAACAUGAACCAUAGUAAAAACAAUUUCAAACUAUUUUUUUCUUUAAACAAGGCAUAAUGCAAAAAAAACCAUCCAUUGUGUUUGAAUUAAAGCAAUUCUGCAAAGAACAGUGGCCCAAAAUUUCUCCUUUGGGAAAUACAAGUCUCUUUGUCAGUUCACUUAAACACCUGAGAGCAGAGUUUUCUUCCAGCUUUUAGGUUUAUGUGGCGAUUACUUUUAUACAUAGCGCCACAUUGUUUUUGUCACUCCCCCCCGUCUAAUAAGGGAAAACAUCAUUUGAAUAAUACAUUUUGUAUUUCCUCGGGUUAUUUUGUUAGCUUGGAAAAUCCUUUGGUGACAUUUAAGUGAGAGAAGAAAAAACACACAUAAACAAACAAAAUGUGCAAGGGACCAAAUCCUUUUUACAGUGCAUAACAAGCACAAGUAAGGCCAUGAGGGUCUGCAGAUGCACCAUUCUUGCUCAGUCUAUACCACUCUGACAGCACUAAGCUAGGCCUAAAUUAAAGGAGAAGAGCAAGCAUAUUUUCUUUCAUUGAUUUAUGUGUUUUUUAAAUGAUGGAUAGAAGAACAUUUAGCAAGGAAUUCAGAACUUGCUGAUUAUUAUUCUUGAGUAAUAAAGUACAGCGACAGCCAUAAUUAAUCUUUUUAACAAAAGACAAAAGCAUCAAAAAUUACAACUUUGGCCUAAAAUUAUAAUGAGCAUAAUCCUUCGUUUAAAAAGAUUCUCCAUAUUUCAUAUCCACAAUACACUUCUGGUUGCCAUUCACUCCCAUCCUGCAUGCCAGCUCAGGUCAGUGCUCCCCUAACAAAGUGGACAACCUGUUUUAUAUCUUUUCAAAUAUUCUAUCAUCAUAAUAUGUGCUGCUUUAACAUUAUUUAUAGAUUGCAGCUACUCCACAAACACAUCAGUGGAAAGCAGGUUGAAAUACCUUAUGUGGCAUUGCUGCAUUCUUUAUCUGAAUUCAGCAGCAACUCCUACUACUUUGAAUCUUCUUUUGCAGAACAAAUACCACCAGAUUUUAUGAGACAUCCAAAUUAAUGCAGAUUAUGUGGCAGAUUGCAAUGGUCUUUGAGAAUCUGCUGUUUUUUACUGUCUAAUCAACUUUUCCUCUACAUGAGUACAAAAAACCCUCAGAUAAUAUGGCCAAGCUACUCAGCACUGUGUGAUAUUACUUGCUUGGCAGACCAGUUUGAAUGGCAACAUUUGAUUUUGUUAGACUUUGUAAAUUGUUUAGAUGAUAAAACUCUGGUUUUUAUCAAUUAAAUUUGUUUGGUUUUGUUUUGAUCACACUGUCAUUUAGUAAAUCAGGUCCAGAGUCAUGUUGAACAAAUUGCUACAUCCCCUGCAUAAGUCACUCAUUCAUUAAAAAAAAAAGUUUCAACACAUAGUCAGAGGACAUAGUCAUACUGUAAAUCAAAAGUUUGAACAUUUGGCAGAAAGUACACUUAAAGCUCAUAAAAUACACACAAAAAAAUCCCUAAAAGCAAAUGAAAGUUUGGUAGUACACAAUCAAUAGAUAUAGUUCAAUUUCACAAAGUAUAACAAAAUCAAAAUACUGUCUGACUGUUAGGUGGGAAAAAAAUGUCAGUAACAGACGUUAGAUAAAAAGCCCAAAAUAAAAACAUGUAAAACAAGAUUUUUUUUUUUCAUUUACAGCAAAGAAAGAAAUAAUUCAACAAAGAAAAACUGAAUAACAAUUUGCCUGUCAUCUAUCAGUAUUGUGUUUCCCAGUUCCAUCAUUAAAACACAUAAUGAGGAAACCUAAAAUUUCCGCAGAGUUUCAGGGACUUGUAAAGUCGAUCCUCCCUCCAACAUUUCUGGGCUACAUUUGGUAGAUUUUCUUCCCUUAAACUCUGUCAUUUUUAUAUGUCUCCUUUCAUCACAUCAAGGUUUAUGGGAACAAACAUGUUUGUAAAAAAAGCAUCUAAGUCAUUUCCAGACGCAGACCAACUGGUGAAACGGUAAGUAAAAAAGCCAUUGGACUAGAAUGAAUGUAGUUUUUAAAAGUAAUAACAGAUUCGGACUGAUUUAGAUGUUUUUGUCUUGUGGUGAAAAGUCCAAUCACAAAUCCAGAUUCUGUUUUCAGUUUUAAUCACAGAGUUGGACCAUUUCAUAUUGCUCUCCCUUACUGAGAGUAGCUGAGGUGUGAAAGGAAUAGCAAUGACUGUGAGGAGCCGAGGGGAGCCGAGCCUGUUUGUGUGUGCGUUACCACUGGGAAGCAUUAAAGCAGCAAGGGCGCUGCUUAAUGGAAAAGAAUGAACUGUAUUUGAUGGGAAUGUGUGUUUGUGUUGUGGGAUUCCUGAUUUUGUUUUCUUCCCAAGUACAUCUGCUAUUUUAGCUGAAACAAAAUAUAAUUCUGAAAUCCAAAUUAUAAAGAGAAAAAAAUUAUAUUGUUUUUUCGCCAUGACACAAAAGUAAAAUUUUCUAUUGAAAAUGGCAUGUAUGUAGGGAAAAUGCUACACGAUCCAAUCUGUAUUUCAGUAUCUUAUAUUUAGGGAGAAAAAUCAAACUGUUAUUUUAACAAGUGCUCAGUUAUAGUAUGCAUACUGCUACUAUCUAAUAAAACAUUGCCAUAGGUCUAACACUUGAAUACUGCUGCACAAGAACUGCUGGAAGGCCAUGCACAUUUCCUCAGAUGGACAAUGAAAAUGGCUUUGUUUACAUUCAUGGAUACGUGCUUUCUGUUCUUGAUGUGUGCGUACAUCGAAUUUGAUGAUUUUAAAUGGUUAAUUUCUGUAAAAACAGCUGCUAAUCAUUCAUAACCAGCAGUCAAAUAUAUGUCAUCUUUCACUAUACGGUGACCCCUAAAAAGAAAUUAUGUUUCAUUAUAUGACAGUCACAGAUGUCCUUUAAAGUUAACAAUGUAACCUAAAAAAAAAAUUAUAAUUAUAUAUAUAAAACAAACACUGCUCCUGAAGCAUCAUGUGACCCUUUUAUGUGUGUUUUCUAUACUACAGUAUAGUCAGGGACCAUUAUUGCUGAAAUAUCUCUGAACAAUGAUGACAAUCAAUAUUUCAUCAGAAGGCAGCAAGCUCUACUUCAGAGAAUUGAGAUUUAUUGUGGAGAUACAAAUUUACAGCCAUGCACAAACACACUCUUGCUGAAAUAAGCACCAGAAUCCCAACAAGUGUUGAUACUUUUAAUCUUUUUGACCAAGAAAACACUAGGUAACAAGUUUAAUUUGACUGUAAUACUGUGACACAGAGCAAACAUAUUAUUACUCAAUGUAUGUUCUUACAAUUAAAUUUGUUUUUAUUUGCUGGCAAAAUCAUUUGGGGUUGUUAAAGUGGGGUUAUGUGGAAUAGUUGUAGGCAGUUAGUAUCUUGUGUAAAAAAAAGUUUUCAAAAUAUCUGACUGGAGAAAGAUUAUUUCUGGCAUUGAAAAUCAAGCUAAUGAUUGCUUCAGUUUCAAAAUGUCUGUCAUCUUAAAACUUCAAUUUAAUUAUUUUAUUGCUUUACCAAUCUUCAAUCUUCAAACUAUAUUUAUAUAUAUAAACUAUAUUUAUAUAGUUUGAAGAUUGAACAAUUCAGUUCAGUUUAUUUAUAAAGUUAAAAGAAAUGAUAAUUUUCAAACAUUUUACAAGAUAUAGAAUAUUCAGUUCAAAUCUAGGUACAUCAAAAUCAAUAAUCAAAUUAAUCAGAAUCGUACUAAUACAAAAAGGUCCAAUUAUUCAUUAUCAUAAUGUAAUUUUCGAGGUUGGAGUUUUUUUUUUAAAAUAAAUGAAUCAGGGAAGAUACUGACCUCUACUUAUUGUCCACAGAACCCUCUUUAAAAAAAAGUCAUCUCUUUAAGGCAUGCCAGGGUGCUCCAUUUUUAAUGGAAACCAAUAUGAAACAAACCAUGUGAAGCACCUUUUAAUUUUUUCACCUCUAAGUAGAGAUAUUUACUCAAAUUAAAAGACUAAAUUAUGAUUGUUUGACUUUAGUUUAAAAAAAAAAUCAAGAAGAGCACAGAUUCUUUCAUUAUAACCAUACUCUCAAUUGUCUUUUAAGACUUCCAAGUGUACAGAUAAAUUCAUUAAGUUAAAAGCUAAAGUGUAAUUAGGUUGUUAGCUGAUAUAUUUCAAAGUUUAAAAUAAAGACUUUUGCAUUUAUUUGAUAGAACCCCACAGGUCCUUUAAAGAGCAUGUGGUAGUUUUAAAACCCCAGUAAGGAUCUUUUUUAUAAGCUGCACACACUGAAUCUAACACUGUAUCACAGGGUUGGGGUUGAUUCGAGAUGCCUUGAUGGAGUACACUCAUCACAUGCGACACCACAUAUUAGAGAAUGGAAGUACAAUAAAACCAACAGGAGUACACAAAAUGUCAGAUAUAUUUUUUUAAGGUUUACACUCCAAGUGGAAUUGACCCCAACCUUGCCUAAGCCAUUGAUCUUUGUAAAGUACACACUCUUUCCAGGGAAUUAAAUAAAAAAUAGAAAUAAUAAAAAAAAAACAAGAUAUUUGAACGACCUUAGCCAGCUCUUAUACGAUGUUGUUUGUAGGUCUCGAGGCUGUCUGUUUUGUAAAAGAAAAAAAACACAGAACAUUUUUACCCAUUGACUUUCUAUGCUGUUGUUUCUGUAUAAGUGUUCUACUGUUCAGUGCAUGUUGUAACUUUGGCGUUGUGACUGGUUGUGAUUCACACAUAGCCAGUACCUGUCAUGUACAAAAAAAAAAUGUGUCUGAAUGUCUUAAGAUAUUUCUAUUUCUUAUGAAAAAGUAACAUUUCCCUUGAAUGACUCAAAAUGAAAUAAAUCAAAUCACUUUACAGUUUGAA